AUGUCACACUCAAAUUUUAAACUAAUUCACAAUGAUGAGCCAAUAAAUAGUAAUUUGGUCAUUAUUGUUAACAAAAAUGGGGAUGUUAAAACUGAUACAUUGGCUUUACAGAACUUAUUAACUAGUCGUGAGACUCCCGAUACUGGAGUGACUGUAAUUCGUGAAACAUCACCAACGCCAAGCAUUUCUGAUGAAAUCGAAGAAGAUCGUGUAAAACAAAUUGAACUUUUUCGUCAACAAUACAUUGCUGAUCAUCCAAACGCAAGUGAGGAAGCUGUAGAACAACAAAUUAAGAAAAUUGGUGGGAUUAGUAAUAUUCCUCAUGUUUCAUUAAAUCUGGAAACUUUUUAUGCUCCAGAUCAAGCGAGGAAGUUCGCUAAUGAUGUGCUUCACUUGGGCGGCAUUGAAAAUCCAUCAACUUUAAUGCCAAUUGAUUACAAUUUCCGAAGACAAAUCGUUCAAAAUGAUCACUGUUAUACACCAUUAACAUUAUCACCAAAAGAAUCAACCUCAAAGGAAUCUAAAAAGCCUAAAACUAAGCCUGUGAAAGACAAAAAGGAUGCAAAACAAUCAAAAGCUCGUCAAUCGACAUCAGUUAAUGAGGAAAAUGAAGAUUCAAGUAAUUCUGGUGAUAAUCAAAACGAGGACGACGAGGAAGCAACAGCAGGUGCCGAGGAACAAUCAGAAGAAAGUUUCACAGAAACAGAUGAUGAUAAUGACAUGGACUUUAGUGUAAACGAUCGUUUUGGAAAGAAAGGCAAGAAAAAGCGUAAAUAUCGAAGACAGAAGCAAAAGAGCAUGACAUUUAAGGACUUUCUCGAAGGUACCGGUGAUAUGAGUUCUAUGGACGAUGAGCCUAAGAAAAAGUACGGAAAAUCGUCUAAGAAAGGCCAAAAUCCACGCGUAUCAGGUAAAAAUAUGGGUCCAUCAACAUCCAAAAAUACUCAACAAUCUACAGUAAGGAAAAUUCCAAAUCCAACACAACAAAAUAAGAAUGCAGCACUAAGAAAAGAGAUACAGACACCUCCUAUCUUAACGUCAACUACAUCAAAGUCAAAUAAUUCAACAGCAUCUACUGCUUCUACCGUUAUAGCACAAAUAUCCAUACAAUCAGCAGCUCCAGCAAAAAGUAGCCAAGAGAUCGAGUUUGUAGAAUCAAUUGUAAAGGAUCUUGAAAAGUCAUUUCCAGAAACAAAUAAUAAGAAGGCACAAAUAGUAGUAGUACCACCACCAACAAGCAUUCCAAAUAUAAUGCAAAUGAUGGAAACAAAUACAUCGACAGAAGUAAUUGAUCAAAGUUUAUCGACAUUAGAGCAUAUUGCAGACGGGCAUGUAGGAAUUGAGGAAAUUGGUGAUGCAUUAAUUGCAGCAUUAGGGAACGAGGCAAUUGAUGAGCUUUUAAAUCAAGGAGAUUUAAUGAAUUUUGAUGCAACAGCCACAACAACUCAUGUAAAGCCAGCACAAAACAUUGUCUCUUCAUCAUCUGUACUUUUAUCACAUACAGUCUCACAGCCAAUACUCUCGGACGUAAAUACAUCACCAUUAUCAGCUCAUGGAUCAUCUCCAUUACCAAAGAUUCUUAAUAAACAAGUAACAAUGGGAAAAGAUCCAAUUAAAGUCGUUCGCAAUGGACGUGUCAUUACUUUACCACCAAUAGAAGCACCAGCAACCAGAGGUGCUAAAAGACGUGCUCAAGGUGAUUCCACUUCACCUGUUGGAAAAGUAAUUAAAACUGAAAAUAAUAAAACUCCAUCGACAAAAGAUCCAGAUUCGAGAAAUUCAAGUCGACGUUCAUCACUAAAUAAGAGUGAAAGUGGACGUAAUAGUCGACGACAAAGUACAGCACAAGGAAAUCCAGACGAAAUGGAUGAUAUUAAUUCAGAUGACGAUUCAUGGAAUUCUGAAGAUGAUCCAGAUCGUUUAUGGUGUAUAUGUAAGCAGCCACAUAAUAAUCGAUUUAUGAUUUGUUGCGAUAAAUGUGAAGACUGGUUCCACGGUACAUGCGUGAAUGUAACAAAAGCAAUGGGAAAGGAAAUGGAAAAGAAGGAAAUUAAAUGGCACUGUCCAAAUUGUAAAGCUAAUGCUGGUGCUGUUCUUAAAAAAGAUCCCAAUAAAAAGACAUUAAAUCAACAGAAGCUUACGAAGUUUUUCAGUAAACAUUCGAAAGAAUUGACCGAUGAAGACGUACCAAUUAACAGUGACUCAUUUAUGUGUGCUGUAUGUCAUAAGAAACCAGCACGUACUGAUUCCAUUUAUUGUAGCGAAGAUUGUAUUAGGAAUCAUGCAACAAAACAUUUGGAUGAUAAUACGCAGCCUAAAACGCCUACAACACCGACAUCAUCUACUAAAUCGAAUGCUGCUGAUGGAAAGCGAGGAAAUGUCCUGAAAGAUCAAAGUGGAAAUGUCAUUGUUUACGAUCGAGUCAGUGGAAAGUUGUUAUCAUCGAAAUUAUGGCCGCAUUUCACGAGUUUGGGACAAUGGCUUGGUCAGAAUCCAAAUUGUGAACCAGUAAAGCCUGGAUCACAACAAGCAAAUCAAUUAUUGUCGAAAGUAUCAAAGAAUACACAACAACAACAACCAGUCACUCCAACUGUAUCAUCAUCAAAAGAAGCUAUUACUUCUACUUCCUCUCAUCCACCAACUACGUUACAUGCAGGAACAAAGCAUCAUCACCAUCCAUCAUCAAUUAUUCCAGCAGAUGAAUUAUUCUCGAAUCCAGUUAAAAUUCAUACAGGAGCUAAGGAAGUCGUUCCAGCUCCAGUUUUAAAGAAAUCCAUGUCUGUUCAAAGUCCUGCAAUAGCUCGUUCAAACUCAAACACAAAUAAUAAUGCAAAAAGUACACCAACACGUCCACCAUUAAUUAAACAAUCGAGUGUUUCAUCGUCAACAUCCAGUAAAAGUGUCUCAUCACCAAAAGUACAACCGGAACCGAAGAAAGUAAAACGAGUAGUAUCGGAUGAGAAGCCACAAAGUCAAAGUACGCCGUCAAACAGUAAGUUAAAAAUUGAAUAUGAGAGACAGAAUGUCAGAACAAAUUUAAAAGCAACAUUAAUACAGAGAAUGAAGGAUAUUGAAGACUCGUCAGUUACAAAGAUGAAAGAUGAGGAAAUUGAGAAAUUUGCAAAUUCUAUUGAGCAUGAAAUGUUUCGUUUUUUUAAUAAAGAUACUCGUGACAAGUAUAAAGUUAAAUUCCGUUCUUUAAAGUUCAAUUUGAGUGAUACAAAGAACAAGACAUUGAUUGAAAGAAUAUGUAUGAAAAAAUUGACACCAAAACAGCUUGUUGAACUUCCGUCAUCGGAAUUAGCGAGUAAGGAACUGUCUAAAUGGCGUGAGGAAGAGAAUAAGCAUCAAUUGGAGAUUAUAACAAAAGCUGAACUUGAUGCAUUGGCACAAACCAAAAUGGUUAUUAAGACACAUAAAGGAGAAGAGAUUUUAGAGACGAAAAACGCCUCUGCUGACAUUUCACUUCCAGAUGAUGACAUUGAGGCAGCAAUUGAUAAAACUGUAUUAAGUAUUGAAGAUCCACAUCAUAAAUAUGACCUGAGUCGAUCAAUUUCUUUAAAUGUCAGUGGAAAUCAUUCUGUAAGCUCACCAUUGUCGUCUCCAUCAAUUUCGUCUUCAACUGGACGUAAAUCAGAAUGCCAUCAUAAUGAUUCGCAUUCGAGAAGUCGCAGUAAGUCCAGAGGUCGUGAACAUCACCAUCAUCAUAAAUCCUCAUCAAAACAUAAGAAGACAGAGCAUAGACAUCGAAGUAGAUCUCCAAAACAUCAUCAUAGCAGUCACCAUCAUAGCAGCAGAGAUAAAUCACAUGAACGGGAACAUUAUUCACGUGACAAAAGUAGGGAAAAUCAUCACCAUCACCAUCAUAGAGACAAAAGUAGAAGUAAUGAAAAGGAAAAAACAAACAAUUCCAAGUCUAAGGAUCGCGAGGCAUCGAAAGAUUCCAAAAAACAUCAUCAAACUGCUCAUAAUAAGGACACAAAGGAAGCUGUUUCUAUCAAAAAAGAAAAAGAAGAUCAGUCAAAAGAGAAAAUCGUGAUAAUUCCAGAGAUUAAGCCAGAACAGAAAGAUGUAGACAUUGUGGGUAAAAUCCUUGAUUCUAUGGGCGUUCAUCUUGAUACAAAGCUUAAAACUGAGGAUGAAAAGAUACCAAUUACUGCUGAAAUUAAAUUGGAAGCGACGUGCUUAAAUAAUGAUAUUUUACCAGUUUCUUUGGAACCAGUAAAUGAACAUCAACUUGAAAUUGAAAUAUACAGUGGAAACAUGUAUAUGGCAGAUGUAGCAAAGUUUGAUGUUACUGCCAGUGUCGUGUCAGGCAAUGUUGAUGAUAUAAUCAAGCUGUUUGUUCCACAAAUGGAAAUCGUUGGGAGGAUUGAGCCUAAGACUGUAUGGGAUUAUUUGGGAAAAGUUAAGAAACUUCCAGGAAAGGAACUUGCUGUUAUAAGAUUCUCAUCGACAGAUGAAGCUGCAUACUUCCAAUUAUUCAGUUAUUUGCAUUCAAGGCAACGAUAUGGAGUUAUUAAGUCACCUGCACCGAAUAUUAAGGAUUUCUAUUUGAUUACUGUCGAAGCGACUCGUCCUUUACCACCUGUAUUAUUACCUAUUGUGGGACCUGGAUUUAUUGAAGGAGAUGAGCACAAACCGGAUCUUUUACUUGGAGUUAUUCUUAAAUUAACUCCAGAAGCCAGGAAUGUACAGAAGAAGGUGCCAACAGUAAAGAAGUCUACGAAAACACCCAAACCAGUAGAACAUACCGUUCCAAUUAAAGUUCUUCCUUCAAAACAUAAGCCGCACUCUCAUUGUAGCGGCACAAGCAGUAAAUUAACUAUGGGACUUCCAGAAGUUGAAUCUGGUCACAUGAAAUCUCCUAAAAUAUCUCCAGAUGAUGACGAGCCGUACGAGCCACUUGAUGAGGAUUCCUUAACUCCACCGCAAUCAUAUGCUCAACAUAAAUCAACAGGACAGCAUCAAGCACGUCAUUCAUCAUCAGGAGAGAAAUUAAAUGCAAGCGGUGAUGAUUUAGAGUCACAAAUGGAACUAUUAAAUCGAGAAAUAGAACGACGUCAAAUGGAGAUUCAAACGCUUGCCCAACAAAAGGCACUGGAACUUGAUGAAGAACAGGCAACAAAGAUUUUCGAGCAGAUUAGAGUGCCGCAUAAUUUAUCAGAAAUUUUAUCAACAAUUAAGGCAAGCGAGCCAAAACCUAUGGAAAUUGAUGAUGAUGAUGACGACGAGGAGUAUGUACCGAUAUCAGGAGCUGCAAAAGGCGGAAUGCAUGAAUAUCGUCCAUCAUCAAGCUAUCCUGUAAUGCAGCAACAAGCACCAAUAAUGAGUUCAAUGAUGGAUAUUGACGAACGUAUUAAUUUAUUUAGACAGGAAAUGCCAAUGAAUAACAUGCCAGCAGUUCCUGAGCAACCAAGUAGGCUUGCAUCUAUGUCUGAUGCCGAUUUAUUGGCUUUAGUUCCCGAAGAAGCGCUUCAAGCUCCUCCACCGCCAAUUAUAUCCUCUAAUAGUAUUAGCGAACCAGCAAUACCUGGACUUGAAUAUGAGAUGGAACAAUGA